AUGGACACCGACCCUUACUUUGACCGCGGCGCCUCGUCGUCGUCGUCGUCGGCCUUCUCCCAGCAGCGGCCACCAACGGCGGGACACCGCCCAAGCUCUUCGCAGGAUACCGACCCGCGUGCAGCUACCCACUCGAGCCCAACGCUCGGCAGCGGUAACAACAUGCUCCCCGCCAACUGCUCGACUUCGCGCGCACCCCCGAGCCCAAAGCUCGCACCUUCCCCCAGCCUCCCUACUGCUCCAGCCCACGCCGAGUCGUCACAGACCGCGGCGCGGCGUAAUGUUUCGGGCGCCCUCGACUCGGACAUGUUCACCCCGUUUGUUUCUCCAGCACCUGCGCCCAAGCCCGCACGAAGCAGUCCGACAAGCCCGCCUUCGUCGUCUGAACAGCUGCGCCACAUGAUGGACGUCGAUGUCGUGCCCAGCACCAGCAGCACGGCCAUGGACGUUGUCGCAAGCACCGACCCCGCACCCGUUGCGGAGCCAUGCUCGCGACCAGGACCCACGACAGUGGCCCCCACUACACCGACUCCGGAACCUAGCCUCCUGACUUGCAAGCCGCUCGACCGAGUGGCGUCUACGCAGGGAACAAGCUCCACUUUGUCGUCUACACAUGCCGCCCGUGAACCUGGCUGGGUACGCCACGCUCGCAAACCGAUGGAAAGGAUCGUUUCACAGGCUGGUAGCCCAUACCGCGUCGCCCAGGUCUACCAGCCUGUGGCGCUCAAGCGGGCACGGUCCCUGUCUGACCCGCCCGAGAGCCACCGACCGAGCGCCAUGUACGCGGCGAGGAGUGCGGCAAAGUACUUUCGCGGUACGCCGCGCAAGAAGAUGCGUAUGUGGACGGCCCAGGAUGCGGCCGAGCAGGCCCAAGACGAGCGCAUCAUGCGCCAGAUCCGUGGCCGUGCUCAGGACCAUUUCAUGGCAGCGGCCCGCGAGCCCCCCGUCAACAUGCGCUCGCUGCGUGUGCUCGACACAAACGAGGUGCUUCGUCUUCCGCAGAUGAGGCACGACCUUCUCUUUGAUAACUUUGGCUUCCGGCCAAUCCACACGCCCAUCACCUACUCGUCGACCAGCUAUGGCCUCCUCUCGACCAUGCGCUCCCAGAUCGUGCACCCCUCGCCCGCGUGCGAGUCGACCAACCGCUACUGGGACUGUGUGCGCGCCGAGAUUGAGUACGGCUGCCGCUGCAUGCGCUGGGACGUCGACGGCCGCGUAAAGGACUGCAUCUGCGGUCGCUGGAAGGAGAACAUGAGCGAGGUCGCAUGGUGGAAAGAGUCGCGCGCGACGUGGCCGAGCCGUCUCCCACAGCUCAUCCAGACCCUGCGCCAGAUCCUCGAGUCGCUCAUGGCGUCCACCACGCCGUGCGUCAACCACUACGCCCACGCCAUGAACCGUGAUGUCCAGUCGGCUCACGGCCCGGCUUGCCCCACAGUGACGCAUUCGCUCGUGCCUACCCUCUUCGCCGCCCUCGACGCAGAGUUCCUCACCAGCCAGGUCCGUCGCGGCAACUUUGACGUCAACAUUUUCCGCGUCAUUGGCGAGGCGAUGAAGGUCCACUGUGCACCGGUUCGUGACGCCAUGGUCGAUGACAUGGUCGCCACUGCCAGCGGGCUGGACGGACGUCAGCCCGACGUCGUGUCGGGCCUGCGCAAGUGCUUUGACUGCGUCGAGGUCAUGAAGCUCGACAUUGCCAACCACCAGGUCCAGUCGCUCAAGGGCGUCCUCUGGCAGCAGGCAGAGCAGAACGAGAUGACGACGUUUAUCAACUAUCUCGUUGCCGCGCACCGCACCCUCGAGACUUCCAAGACGUAUGGCUGGAUCAACGCAGCGUCCAAGCGCGUGGCCAUGGCCACCUCGCCCCGCGAGCGUCGCCACAUCAUGGGUCAGUGUGACUGCUCGUCCAACACCGAGUUUGUCAUUCGCUCGCUCUCGGACGGGUUCAUUGACCUGGUCUUUGGCGACUGGGUCGAGUCGUCCGAGGUGUGGCCACCCAUUGUCCCCUCGCGCCGCCCGGGUACCCCCGUCACAGGCCACGUCUUCCCUUCCAAGGUUGUCGUGCCCGAGGUCUUCAAGAUGGACUCGUGCAGGCUCAAGAACUUCCACGCCGAGAUGGUCGACAUUGCCAUUGCCCAGUCCAUUCUCUCAGCCUUCCAGACAAAGUACAUGGCUCAGAACCCCGAGGCCACCUCUGACGAAGUCGCCUCCCAGGUCGCCCAGGUCCGUGAAAACUACAAGCAUGUCAUGACCCUCGGCAAUGGCCUCGCGAUUGCUCGCUCCGCCGACGACUGCCCCUCGGACCUCAGCCUCCACAUGGCCCACCGCAUCGUCUUUGCCCGCGGCGUGUUCACCGCCAUGCCGCGCUCAGAGGCCGAUGUGGAGCUUGUCAACAGCCUCGCCCAGGACUUUGACAGUCUCAUCGCCAACGAGAUUGCGCGUCCCGAUGCCCCAGCCUACCUUUCGGCCCUUGGCUCGCUCCGCAAGCUCGUCUACGCCAUGCUCACCAACACGCUCCUCUUGCACCGCGUGCAGCCCGAGUCGUUCCUGUACGACACGCGCGGCAUCGACUCCAAGCCGUGCACCCGCGGCGAGUCGAUCCCCACUUCGGUCCGCCUUCGCGUGCCUGCUCGCCGCUUCGUCGCCCUCUCCGAGCCCCUCACGGGCCAGGGCGCCGCCACGACGGACCCUCGCGAGAAGUACCACCGUCCCGCCGACGCGGCGUCGGUCAUUGCCGCCCGCGAGCUCUUCGAGCUCACCCGUGCCGAGGGCCACGCUCGCGAAGCCACGCUCGCCGCCGAGCUCGGCUUUGAGCCCCUCGUGCACGAGAUCCGUGCCGUCGUCGACCGCAUGGUCACCACUGCCGACUUUAACCUCUGCGUCUUUGCCAACCUUUACGGACGCCAAGGCAUGCUCGUCGGCACCGGCAAGCUCCAGCCUCUUCCGGAACUCAUCCACGCUCCCAGCGCAUAA